AUGACGGAUCCUAAGUUGCUAGCGGAUCUAUCACAGAACUUUUCCAAGCUUUUUCACGAUCCGCAACUUGCCGAUGUUUUCAUUGAAGUUGGUAAACCACCUGAGACCAAGACUUUUUCUGCGCAUUCGGGCUUGUUAUUUGCACGUUCCCCACAUUUUGCCUCGGAACUUAAGAAUGAAUGGGUUAAACGUAAAAAAGGAAAUGACAUCAAGCUUGUUAAACCGAAUAUUUCUCCACGCAUUUUCGAGAUAAUUCUUAGUCACGGUGAAUCGAUUUCUCGAUCCUUAGAUUCGACUCUUUUAAAAUAUUCUGAUAUACGUCAAAUUGACUCCUGGAUCAAUGGAAAUGAUACAGCUCAAACGUCUCUAGUUCCUAUUACCCACAAAUACAAUCUUAUUUGUCGCGGUUCCCGUGAUGGUUUUACCGCGGAUAAUUUUCAUCGAAUCUGUGACGACAAAGGUCCUACAGUCAUAGUUAUUAAGACUAACAAGAAUGACCAAAUAAUUGGUGGAUAUUCGCUAGCGAGCUGGCACAGCAGGGGGCGGAGUGAGAGCGGUGUUGGGUGCUUUAUCUUUUCUUUAGGAGAUCGGAAUGGUCACGAUCCCGUUCUUAGUCGACACGCCUCCGGUCAAGGAAUUGCUUGCUGGAAGACACACGGUCCAGUAUUUGGUGAUCAAAGGGAUUUAAGUUUAUUCGAUAUUUAUAUUCAGAAUGGGAGUAACAACUAUUGCAAGCAGCGAAAUUAUAAAGUUGCGAUCCUCCCAGGAGCUGAUUCGCAAUAUGUCGGGUAUAACGUCCAAGAGUAUGAAGUUUUUCAAGUGAUUGAUAAAUUGCUCGAAUAG